CGUUGACACAUGGCGUUUAAUGCAACAACACAAGAAGGCUGUGAGCUCCGUUAAAGCUCUCGUAUGAGCUUACGAGAACUUUGACGCCAUGGUGUUGCUGUCAUGGCUGGAGAAUCUGAGCAGCUCCGUACUGUCACAUGUCAACAUUGUAGCUCUGAUAGUGUUCGUCAUAGUUUAUUAUGUGGUUAGCUUUUAUCAGAAACGACGGAACCUGGCAUAUAUUCCGCCAGGUCCGACGCCGUGGCCGGUAGUCGGCAACUUCGGCGGCUUUCUCAUCCCCUCUGUCGUCCGGAGGAGGUUUGGACGGCAGUCAGACAACACGUACGACAAAAGCGCUGUGUUUUUAUUAACUGAACUAGCAAAUACGUACGGAAGCGUUUACAGCCUCUUUGUCGGGAGUCAGCUGGUCGUUGUGCUCAACAGUUAUGAAGCGGUCAAGGAUGCCCUCUCAAACAAUUCCGAGGUUUUCUCCGACAGACCGGCCAUUCCUGCUAUCACCAUCAUGACGAAACGCAAAGGAAUAGUCUUUGCACCUUACGGGCCAGUAUGGAGACAACAGCGGAAGUUCUGCCACGCCACACUCCGAAACUUUGGUCUGGGGAAGUUGAGCUUGGAACCUUGUAUCCUGCAAGGCUUGGCUACCAUCAAAACAGAGCUGUUGCGGCUGAAUGAGGAGUCUGGUGGCGCCGGUGUGGAUCUGGCCCCACUGAUCAGCAGCGCCGUGUCAAACGUCAUCUGCUCCCUGAUCAUGGGUCAGCGCUUCCACCAUGAAGACCUCGAGUUCCGCACCUUGCUGGACCUGAUGGUUCGUGGACUGGAGAUCUGUGUGAACAGUCCUGCGCUCCUCAUCAACAUUUUUCCACUGCUGUACUACUUGCCCUUUGGGGCCUUCAAAGAGCUACGGCAGGUGGAAAGAGACAUCACAGCAUUUCUGAAGAGGAUUAUUGCUGAGCACCGAGAAACAUUAGAUCCCGAAAACCCAAGGGAUCUUACUGACAUGUACUUGAUAGAGAUGUUGGCCCAGCGAGCUGCUGGGGAGGAGGACAGCAGCUUCACAGAAGAUUAUCUCUUUUAUAUUAUAGGAGAUCUCUUCAUUGCCGGCACUGACACCACAGCUAAUUCAAUUUUGUGGAUUCUGCUCUACAUGGUCUUACACCCUGAUAUCCAAGACAAGGUCCAGGCAGAGAUUGAUGAGGUGGUGGGUUCACAUCGCGUUCCAUCUUUGACUGAUAAGGGACGUUUGCCUUUCACCGAAGCCACCAUCAUGGAGGUGCAGCGACUGAGUGUAGCGGUUCCUCUGGCUAUUCCUCACAUGGCCUCCGAAACUAUAGAGUUCAGAGGCUACACUAUUCCCAAAGGAACGGUUGUUUUUCCCAACCUGUGGUCCGUCCAUAGAGAUCCUACUGUUUGGGAGGACGCAGACAGUUUCAAGCCAACACGUUUCUUGGACACUGAGGGAAAGUUGCUCAGGAAAGAGUGUUUUAUACCUUUCGGGAUUGGUCGCAGGGUGUGCAUGGGUGAACAGCUGGCGAAGAUGGAGAUGUUCCUGACGGUUACCAGCUUGCUGCAGGCCUUCAAAUUCAGACUCCCAGAGGGAAUGGCUCCGCCUCCUCUGCAUGGACGGUUUGGCCUGACGCUGGCACCCUUCCCAUACACUGUGUGCGUGAGCCUUCGUAGAUGAAGUGAAAGUGCAAUAUUUGGCAUGAACAGAUUUUCUGUAAACUGGGUGCUUUGAUGCUAAGGACCUCAGAGGAGACCGGUGUUGUUGGACACAUAAUACGUAAAUCAUGCUGGAGAGAUGUACUGAUAUUUUUCACUUAGUGAGGUGUUUGGGGAAAGAAAGAUUUUAGGUUUCUGCACAAGAGUUUAGAAAUAUAUUUCCUUACAGACACGAUCAAUGGAUUAUUGGCAACUUGUCAGUAAAAACACAUUAUGUUAAUAACACUUACCUCAGUUUAUCAUGAAUAUUUAUCUUUGGGUGCAUUUUUUACUCUUUUCACUGUUUUAAGUUAUUGGCAUUUUAGGAUGGGAUUCAGUGUAGCACUGAGAGGAAUUUAAUAGGACAAAGGAAUAGUUGGCUCAAUGCUAACAACUCUGUUACUGACACAAACACAUGCUGUAUCUGUUGUACUGUACCUUCGUUUGCUCUGAGUACAAAAGACAUUGUGAAACUGGAGCGCUGCUCAUUUAAUCAUUUUAUCAUUUAAAUCAUUUUUUUAAAUAAAAGAAUAAAAGAUUUGGUUCUGAAACUGA